AUGUCCCGUUCCAAGAAACAGAACAACAACACAAUCAAAUCCAACAGCGUGGCGAAGAACGCCAAGUCUGUGACUUAUUUGCCAACAUUCCAGGCUCUCUUAAGACAGCUCCCUAACGACAGGGCCCGUGGUGACUUGACCAAAUUAAUCGUGGAAGCUGAGAAAACCAGACACGAAGCAGUAACGGCGUGGAAGAACCACGAGACGGUAUCCUUAAGCAGUCUUUUCAAGCCAAUUGGAUCCCUCAAGCCCGUUCCUGGGUUGAACACUGACAGACUCUCCAAGUUGGACUAUCGGAUCCAAAGAUUACAACGCGAGUUUGGUCAGGCCGCCGACCCCAUUGAAGCGAAUAUCCACUUGUUGACUACAUACUCAGACUUUGACAACCGGGCCAGACCUCACCAAGAAGUGGAAAGAAGCCUCGCCUUCUUGGCCACAGACUUCAACCGCCGCCUUGGACGGAUUCUUAAUGACAUCCCCGGGAUCUCCAGAGAGACUCGUCGCACUACUGAACAAGCUAUUUGGCACGAACAACAAAAGUUGUAUGCGAUCAUGGCGGACUGGCGGGCUACGGUGGAACGGUUACUUCGUAAGAUUUGCCAGGACGCCGUUGUCUCAAAGCAAAUGGUUAAGGAAGCGAUGAUGAUUUUGGAAAAGCACCUGUCCUCCGUGUGGGACAUUUGA